AUGGAGCGACUGAAGUGGAAAUCUGAAUUUGUUGCCAACUCUGGGUUCCAGAGGAUCAAAGACGGGAAGCGAAAAAUGGAAGAAGGAAAAAAUGACAAAAUGGUGGAAACUGUUGAAGGAGAAGACUAUGAACUACAAGAUGCAGCACAAAUGGAGGAGAGAAGUAUUUGGAAUAUAACAUCCAUGAAUAGUGAAAAUAAAUCAUACUUUCUAAAAAGUUAUGUAGCAAAAAUCAAAGAAAUGAACGAAAGUUACGUGAAUCCAAGAUAUUACGACAUACUAAAUGUAAGCACAAAUUCAGAUGGGAAAAUGAUAAGAAAAAGUUAUUUACUACUGUCCAAAUUGUUUAGUGUUCAUAAGAAAUUAUCAAGUGAACAUGAAGAAUGCUACUAUUUGAUUCAAAAGGCUUAUAGAAUUUUAAAUGAUAAAUUUGAGAAAUUUUAUUAUGAUGUGUUAAAUGGUUAUUAUAUUGAUCAAUCAACAAUUGAAACGUGUAGAAAAGAGCUUGAAGAAGAGGCAGAUUUGAUUUAUCAAAAUAAAAUAAAUGAAUUAAAAAAUGUAUAUGUUAAAAAAAUAAAGGAAGAAGAAGAAAAAAAUGGACUAAUAAUAGAAAAAGCUCUAUUUGGAAAUCUAACAUUAAAAGAAGAAUAUAUAAACAAUUGUUUAAACAUGGGUGCAAUAACAGAAAAUUAUAUACAAGGUCCUUUUCUUGAUUUUACCAUUAUUUUACAAUCUCGAAUAGAAAAUAGCUCUUUAUUAUUUAAUGAAGAUUUUUCUUUUGCACAUUUUUGUGAUAUACCAAAACCAUUAAUAAAAAUAUCAGCCAAUGGAAAAAUGUCUUAUCCUCAAAUUUUAGAAAACACAGAAAUGUAUCUCUAUAUAAAAUACAAAUUUUUAAAUGUGGAUCAUGAAUUAAUCGUUGUUGACAGAUCAAGUUAUACUCUUCCGCAAAGAUCCCAUCGGAUUUUUGGAAAUCGGAUAUCUGGACCCUUUUCACCUGUCAAUGUAAUAAAAAUGAAACACAUGUCUAAUUCUGUCUUAGAUACAAUUUUUCACUUUUUUUCCAAAAAUAAGUUUUAUAUUACCUUGUUGACCACUAUUAUUUUGUGUGCCCAAUCAAUGAAAAGUCGUUGA